AUGCCAGCCCUCCGCUCGCGUCGCCUCGCCGCCUCGGCCGCCCGCGGUCGCGCCCACAACUCUUCCUCCUCCUACCGCAACACCCUCUCCGAAAACACCUCGCCUUUCCUCAAGCGCAACACCGCCGCUGCGGCACACAAUGCAGCACAACCGCCCGUCAAGACUGGCUCUGGGCUCGCCUCGGCUGCAACGCCGACGCGUAGGCCCUUGGGAGAGCGCAAUGUAGUCCCCCAGGUCCUCGCCCCAUCCUCGCCGCUGGUCAAAAGACAGGCCCUUUCCUCAUCCAACCCGACCUCCUCGAGCGUGGCAGCCGCUCCCCGGCGCACAACCAGGGCUCCCCCGGCUCGCGCUCUGACCGCCCAGUCGACCAAGACCCCGGCCAACGAUCCAAUCGCUUCCGCCCGGGCAGAUGCCUCGCGCAGAACACGGUCUGCCGCAAUAGCAGUACCACCACCGCCUGCAACAACAUCCGCAAAAGCUCGAGCAGGGACGAAAAGGCAGGCUGAGACGCCAAAGCCGCGCCGAUCAUCGGGAGUCGCUAGCUCGCCAGCUUCGACGUCGCACAUCACCGUUGAGAUCCCCCCAUCCACACCUGGCAAGGAGCUUCCCAGGAAAGUGCGUCGCCCAUCGGCCUCGGUUGAGGAUCCCGUCGCCGCGGCGGCACCGUCGCAGCCUGUCGCCACGAUGCCCGACAGCGACGACCUCGAGUACGUCGACCCAUCCGUCGUGCUUGUUCCCCUGCCGCGGCCCCGACAGCAGCAGCAGCAGCAGCAGCAGCAGCAGCAGCAGAGCGUGAGAGCAGCCGCCCAGACCGCCAAGCAGCAGACGCCGCUGUCUCCCCUCUCAUCGCACACCUCGUCCGACAAGGAGAAUCGACCGCCGCCUCUGCGAAGGUCGUCCGACCAGCCGGUAGAAGCAGAGCCGCCGCGCACCCGCCGUAGAGUCGGUCCGGCCCCGGUCAUGAUCCCAUCAGGCUCGGCCCCGCUUCACUCGACACCGCCGGCUGCCAGGGUGAUGCCACCUCGACCAUCUCAGCAGCGCGAAUCGGCGCUCGCUACCAGCCAGGCCCUCGCAGCGAGGACCUCGAUACUCGACAAGGUCUUCCAGCGCUCGUCUGAAGAUCUAGCCUCGCGCUCCGUAUCGCUCUCUCCCGAGACGCAGCGGCGGCUGCAGCAGGCUUCGGACCAGGAGCGUCUGAUAGCGCAGUCGCAACGGCAGGGCUAUGCCAAGGCCGAGAGGUGGGCACAGCAGCAGCGACUCACCUCGAUGAGCAGCUUUGAGGGUGCAGAGGACGAGGCCGAGAUCGCCGAGCUCAUCGCGUCUUCGCCGCCGCCUCUGCCGCGAGCCGCAUCGACAAGCCUGAUCGGGGGUCAAGAGAGCCGUCAAGGCACCACUCCGCCCGAGUCUGGCCCCUACGAAGACACAAAGAAACAGGGCGGCGACGAUGACGAUGAUGACCCAUUUGGCUUCUUCGCGUGUCAGGCGAAGCUCAAGGCGGACCGCGCCGCUCAGCGUCAGGCGCAACGACUCGAAAGAAGGAAUCAGCCGCUAGAGCCUCUGUCCGCGGUCGAGAGCCUUCCAGUGAGCGGAGAAGACCAUGCCGACGAAAGCGGUCCCAUCGAUGACGCCGAGCUCGCCCGCGCAGCCUUUCGCAGUACCAGCCCCCGAUCGGCAAGCGAGGGGGAAGGCGCCGCGGGGCAAGCUUCGAAGACCUUCGAUUCGACAAGCCGUCCGCAGGAAGAGGCCGCUGCUGCGUCGUCUGAUCAGGGCGAUGCAGCUGAACGCAGCAGCCGUGCGGGAUCACCGCGUGCCGCACAUCUGGAGAAGUGUGUCCUACCGGCUGCAGGCGAAGAUUGGCUGGAGAGGGACAUCCGUCGCACCACGCGCUCGCAGGCACGCAAGAGCGAGGCGGACAACGGCGUCGGCGGGACUGACGGCGCCGGUGCCGCAGCUGCAGGAACCUCUUCACCACCGUCGUCUGCGCUUUCGUCUUUGCCAACGUCUCCUCGUCGAAGCAAAGCCGCGCCGGCAGGAUCCAAGACUCGCAGCUACCGUACAGGCUCGCAGCCAUUCGUCAUCAUCCCGGGCGUGUCGCUCAAGAGGACCGAGGUCAAGGAGCGCGAGAUGCUCGAGCGCAUGGCGCGCAAGUCGUCGUCGUCGUCGUCGUCUGAAUCGUCGAGGAGCGGCGGAGGCGAGGCGGCAGGGACUGCUGGCAGGACGCGGACGCAGGCGAGCAAGGGCAGCAAAAAGAAGACCAAGGGUCCGCUGAAGAUGACGGAUCUGGUGGCGCUGCUGCCAAGCCGCAGACUCAAUGGGUUCACGAACGGUGUCGAGGCGUCGGGCAAGGAGACGGACUACGAGCGGCCGCCGAAGGGCAAGACUGUCGCUCGCAGGGGCAGGCCAAGGGGCAGCGCGGCGUCUGCAGGCGGAUCGGGGGGAGCCCAGUCGAGCAAGGAUAAGGACAAGGGCAAGGGGAAGAGCAAGAGCAGCGUCCAACAGGUUGGUGCGCGCCGACGCACGGCAUCGACAUCGACAUCGACUCGCCGCGUUUCAGCAACACGACGCAGACGAGGCGGCGACGAAGAUGGCAGCGAGCACGGGGACCGGGAUUCGAAUGGGGAGAGGGAGAGCUCGCUGUCCUCUGUCGCAGGUGGGGGGUCGAGUCCUGCCCCGAAAACGACGCAGACGCGGGCAAAGACAAAGACGCCGAUACGACGUGGCGCGACGAAGCGAGGGGUGGGGGGUGAGACGUGGCGCGAUGCCGUCGGCAGUUCGGAUACGCGCAGCAGCGACUCGGAACGCACAAAACGACUGAAACGCUACAAGAAGCUCGACGACUACUCGAUCGAGUCGGAACUCGUCCUCUGA